AUGGCGACCGAACUUCAAGAAGAAACACUUGUACAGCUUGACGAGUUUGACAUUGAAACUGGUUUACUUGCCUUUCUGUUCUUGGUGCUAGACAAAUUGGAGGAAUGUUUUGAUAAUCCUACAACGGAUACAAGUCAUAUACAAGCUCAGUAUGUAGUUGUGGAUAAAACUGUUAACCUGCUGAGAUCUAUUGCCGAGUCAAAUGAGGAAGAUCGGCUUGAAUGGGAAGCCUUGGCCCAGGUAUUUUCUGCACUAUUAUUCGAAGUACAACAGCAUCUUAUAACGCAAACUUUGAGACCAUCUUCGAUUUCUGUGCGACAGUGUGACACUGUUAGAACUGGAGCUCCAGGUAGACCACCAUUUUAUAUUCCUGCAGAAACCUUGGAAGAUCUUCGUGGAAUUGGGUUUUCAUGGCAAAAGAUUGCUCAGUUCUUUGGGGUUUCUCGAUGGACUGUCUAUCGCCGAGUCCAGGCAUAUGGCUUGCAAAGCAUGCAACAGUUCAGUUUGUUAACAGAUGCAGAAAUAGAUGAUAUAGUCGCAGAAUAUUUAGGUCGUCAUGGUUUCACAACAGGACGAACGUAUUUAGCAGGUUACUUGAGGUCACUCGGAUUACGAGUACAGAGAAGAAGGGUUCGCGAAAGUUUGACCAGGGUGGACCCUCAAAAUACUGCUUUGCGAUGGGGAAUUGUUAUUGCCCGUAGAAAGUACUCAGUACCGUGGCCCAAUUCAUUGUGGCAUUUGGAUGGUCACCACUCUCUUAUUCGUUGGGGCCUUGUGGUGCACGGGUGCAUUGAUGGUUUUUCAAGACGAAUCAUGUUCCUGAAAUGCAGUAACAACAACCUCUCGCAAACUGUUUUGGAACUGUUCAUGAAUGCAAUUGAGAAAGAUGGCCUAUGGCCAUCACGUAUUCGCGUUGACCAUGGGGUGGAAAACGUAUUGGUAUGCGAUGCCAUGGUGAGUGCAAGAGGUGAAGGCAGGGGAAGUUUUAUUGCGGACCCUUCCACAAGAAACCAGAGAAUUGAAAGACUUUGGAGAGAUGUGUUUAG